AUGGUCAAAGCUGUUGUUCUUGGAGCAUCCGGUGGCAUUGGACAGCCUCUGUCCCUCCUGUGCAAAGCGUCCCCGCUCAUCGAUGAGCUUGCUCUCUACGAUGUUGUCAACACGCCAGGUGUUGCAGCUGAUCUAUCACACAUCUCCUCUAUUGCAAAAAUCUCCGGUUACCUACCCAAAGAUGAUGGCAUGAAGCAUGCUCUGACUGGCGCUGAUAUCUGCAUCAUCCCAGCGGGCAUCCCAAGAAAGCCUGGAAUGACAAGAGAUGACCUCUUCAAGAUCAAUGCUGGAAUUGUUCAAGGCCUCAUCAAGGGAAUUGCUGAAUUCUGCCCCAAUUCAUUCAUCCUCGUCAUCUCUAACCCAGUCAAUUCCACCGUACCUAUCGCAGCCGAGACCCUAAAGCAGGCUGGUGUCUUCAAUCCCAAAAAAUUGUUUGGUGUCACCACUCUUGAUGUGGUUCGAGCCGAGACCUUUGUCCAGGACAUUACUGGGGAGCGUGAUCCUUCAAAGACCGUUAUCCCAGUCAUUGGUGGACAUUCUGGCGAGACGAUCGUUCCCCUGUUCAGCCAAGCAAAGCCAACCGUUGAGAUCCCACAAGACAAGUAUGAUGAUCUUGUCCACCGUGUCCAAUUCGGUGGUGAUGAGGUCGUCAAGGCCAAGGAUGGUGCUGGAUCUGCAACUCUUUCCAUGGCAUACGCAGGCUUCCGUUUCGCUGAACGCCUGUUGAAGGCCUCAAAGGGUGAGAGUGGAAUUGUCGAGCCAACCUUCGUCUACCUGCCAGGCAUCGACGGUGGUGAUGCUAUUGCCAAAGAGACCGGUUGCGACUAUUUCUCCGUACCGGUUGAGCUAGGACAAUCCGGUGCAGAAAAAGCCACCAACCCUCUGGGCAACGUCACCGAGAAGGAGAAGCAGCUGAUCGAAGCUGCUAUCAAGGGUCUCAAAGGCAACAUUGAGAAAGGUGUCGAGUUCGUCAAGAACCCACCACCACCUGCACAAAAGUAA